CCCUCGUUCCAGGACCAAGCAGAGCAUCUGUUUAAUCUCCCAACCCUGGGACCUUAUCACAGAGCUGAGGGUCUCUCCCAAUCUCCGCGCUAGGAUCUUCUUAUUCCUAAUAAGCGCCGUCUUGCACUGCAACUUCGACCUACUUAUUCCUCUGAUAAUCGUUUCCUGUUCGUGCCCACGGCGUUUGGAUGUGCAUAUAGCAUUGAAGAGUUAUCGCCUGUCCUGAGAUCAUACGACAUUAGUGGAAAGUUCGGGAGCUCGGAAUAAGCUGAUUUGGUAACCCUUCGGCGAAGGCACAGCAUUUGGUUCACUCAUCGCACCGGACCGGCUAUUUCACAUAUUAUUAAUCAGUGGCCACGAUGCCCAAACAUAUGGCAUUAUUUCCACAUGACGCUGGCGUUGGCGGAGGGGGAGCGGCCGCAUACGCAAGAAAGGCGAACCAAGCAUGUUAUUCAUGUCGUAAGCAGAAGCGUAGGUGUGACAAAGCCUUGCCGGCGUGUUCGCUCUGCUCGAGAAUGGCACGCCACUGUGAUUACUCGGAAGUGCAGCCCGCACCUACGGCGGAGGAUUUCGCUACACUUCAGGAGAAGUUGCGGCAGUUGGAAGACCGACUGUCAUACGCCGGUGCCUCGGAUGUUAGCAUCGGUCAUUUGAGCCCACAAAGCGGACCGGUAUCACAUACAGGACACACUCCGCAACUGCUCUCCAGGGAGCCGUUGUGGCAAAAUGGACUAGGAAGCUUCCCGGCGGCCGCGUUCCUCGACUCGUACAUGUUCCUAUGGAGCGGUUUGCAAAUACCCAAGCCGACCGUUGAGAUACCUGCUGAUGUACUUCAAUGCAUCGGAAAUGCGGAAGACCUGGAGCAGACCUUGUCCGACUACUUCGGUGACAUCCAUCCCUGGUUCCCUAUCGUCUCCAGGAAACGAAUGACUAUGGGCCAUCAACUAUGGGAGGCUGGAGGUGAUAUAGCGCUGCUGCUUUUGUCUAUGAAGCUUAUCACGUCGCAACCACAACGGGGCUUUGCUGCCUCGGAGAACUACCUAUAUACUGCAUCAAAGCGUUACGCAGCACUGCUAGAAAACGUCGGAACUACCUCCCUGGCCUAUCUUCAAGCACUCAUUUUAUUAGCUCUUUAUGAAUAUGGCCAAGGAGUAUAUCCCGCAGCUUAUAUGACCGUCGGUCAAGCCAUAAGAUAUGCAGAGUUACUGGGCCUCCCUUCGUACAAGAAUACUAGUAAUGUUUUAGGGCAUCCGCUGACCUGCGCCGAUGCCGAAGAGCGCCGCCGCGUGUGGUGGGCUGUUUACAUUAUAGACAAAUUGGUCUCUUUAGGGUCAUAUCGACGAUCAAUGUGCGCGGAGCCCUCGGCCGACCAACUCCUCCCUAUAAACGAUAAAGCUUGGGACCAGGGUGACGACACAGGAGUAUUUCAAAGAUCCGUUUCCUCGCCGUUCUCGGAUAUACAGUCUACAUUCGCCCGGCUAUGCCAGGCUGCUUUACUAGCUGGGAGAACACUGAAGCAUCAUGCCGACCUAGAACAACGGAAAAUCAAUGGAGAGCGGUACGAUUUCACCGGCGUGGCACACUUGAUGGAGGACUCCCAUAAGUUAUGCAAAGCAAUGCAAUCGGACUUUGCGUCGAACCCAACUACAUACUUCAGUCUGGUAGCAGCGAGGUGUCUUAACUUUGCUGCAGUACUCAAAAUAUUGGCAAUGUAUGUCGCCAACGAGUCGCUCCGGGGAGUCGGCUCGGAGUGGAACGAAGAGGAGAUGACAUUACAAAUUACCGCCAUCGAGGGGACAAAGAAGACAGCAACAUACGUACGAGAUUUUGCAGCGGACUUGUAUACUUUCAUCUCGCUUGACGAGGACGUGGUUAAGACGCCUCCUAUGGUGCUGGAGACUUUCUAUCUGGGCUCAAUGACACACUACACUACUUGGAAGGAGACUGGUGAUCCCCUUGCCGAGACGAGCUAUGAAACGACGCGCAAAUGUCUAAUAAGGUUGAGCGGUAGAUGGAGAUUAGGGAAGGAAUUCUUGGACUUGUUGGAAGCUCACGAGAUGAACUAUAUCGUUGGUGCGAAUUUCCAGAGCAGCAAGCUCGGAGGCAUUCCGCUUGUCUUCCCCUCCAUGUCGUAGUUGAAGAGAUCAACAUGUACUCGGUAAUCUACAAGUUGCUAAUUACCAUGUCUAGAUCUAGAAUCACACCAAACUCACACUAGAUUCAUUUGCUUCAAUAUAACCUGCCAAUCUCGGAAUGAGGUCAAUUCGUACAAGCUAGGUAAUUGCGUAUAUGCAGUAGGCAGAGUUACUUAAUCUGA